UAAAAAGGAGUGCUGUUCUGAACACUUAUUUUUCUCCAUUUAGUUUUGGCACUCAUUCCAGAGUCUAGUUUAGAGUUAGAUUUGUCAUGUUGCUCCCAUUCCCCACAAAUCUUUUAUAGACCCACCUAAAUUCUCUCUUCACACCUACUCUACCUUCUGUUUCUGACCUCAUAAUCCCUCAACUACAGCCUCAGGCCCCACCCCUAGGGAUACUGACUAUCCACAUCUGCCAAUAGUUCUCUCUCCAGAGUCUGCCCAGCCUGGGCCUCCUCAGCCUAUGAGGUCCAUCUGUCCCUCUGGUCCCCCAACCCUAUGGGCCCACUUGGCCCCCCAGGGCCUCUAGAACACUCUCGUUCUGCAUGACUCAUCAGGGUAUUCUCUGAAGAAUGAGAUGACCUUGAAAGCAUGUUCAUCUUCAUCAAACAUGGAGGUGAGGGGUCACACAAAGCUGGAAUCUGGGUAUGGGCGUGGGUAGGGUUGAAAGCAGUGGAGAUCACAGAGAUUGUAUAACUAAAGAAGAGCCCGCAUGCCCCAUCCCAUUUCUUCUCAGAUAAUCAGCAGUUUCUGGUCAAUACCAAUUGCUCUGUUUUCCCGUUGCUACAAUACACUCGCAGUAAAGUGGGGUUGCGUAAAACAGCUGUCCCGAUUACUCUGUGGCCUCCCUCCAGACACCAUCGAUUUGUGUGAUGAAUCGGGGACAAUGAAGUUGCUUUUCCUGAUGAAGACCCCUGGAGAAUAUGCCAGCAAAUUCCUUACAGCUCGGGACAUCUAUUAUGUUUGUAAGGUGGAGCGUGGGGCACCAGGAACCAAACUUGAGAAUGCCUACAGAGCUUUUGUGCCCCUCCUGAAGAAUCCAGAACCUGAGCUACUUGAUGCUCUGCGCACACAAUGUGACUUCAUGGAGAGGAGCCGAGUGAAAAUGCUUAGAACCCUGGAAGCCAAGAAGGUCACUCCAAUUGAAUCCACUGUGAAUCUUCCAGUAAGACUCCCCAAACAUGGCCCGCUCCAGCACUCCCCUCUCCCCACCAGACCGCUUAAGUUUUCUCCACCUUGGCCCCCUGGGAUGGAUUUCCUUUUCAAAUCCUACACCUACGACCAAGACCUGACCCCAACUUCUAUUGUCUUCCCUUUGGCCCCAGUUUGUAGAAACCUCCCCUUCAGGGCCUCUUUGUUUAUCUACUGACUUUCCCUUUCCAGUCCAAAUCAGGAAGAUCAGAAGAUGGGCCCCCUCCCACUCGUAGGGGCCCUCCCUUUAAGACCAGAGCAGACAAUCUCGGUAGGAGGGAUAAACAUCGCUAACUCAAUAAAGUGACCAAGUGAGAGCAGUAA